AUGGCCGGUCUCAAAACCAUCAUCGCAUUAUCAUUUGUUCUUGCGAUCGGCUUCCUCUUGGUCAUAUUGUCGUCGGCGCUAUGGAAGAAGUACUAUACUCUACUUGUCGUCGCAACCUACGUCGUAGCGCCUAUACCGAACUGGCUUUGCGGCAGAGCGGCAAAUAAUGAUGACUUUAUGGAAAGCUCUGGGAACGGAAUCGUAGACUUUGGAAGGUUCUUGACUGGCUUCUUGGUAGUCAUGGGCGUCGCCUUGCCUGCUGUACUUGCCCACUGUCAUAUCAUCGCCAACCUUGCUAUGGUCAUGUCCAUUAUCGGGGGGUUCCUCAUCUACGGCACCAUAAUCUCCUUUACAAUGUUCUUUCAGGAGGAUGAAGAGUUUUGA